ACGUCAUUCCUCGGCGACAGGACGUUCGCGACUGCGCAGUAGCACCCAGCUUUGUUAUUUCAUUUCAGUAUGGCGCUGAGCAAAACGUUUGGACAAAAACCGGUUAAAUUUCAGCUGGAGGAGGAUGGAGACUUCUACAUGAUAGGCUCGGAGGUGGGAAACUACCUCCGUAUGUUCAGAGGCUCCCUGUAUAAAAGAUACCCGUCGCUAUGGAGAAAACUGGCCUCAGUAGAAGAGCGGAAGAAGAUCGUGGAGUCGUCACACGAUCACGGCUACACCCAGCUGGCCACCAGCGUGACUCUGCUGAAGGCCUCGGAGGUGGAGGAGAUCCUGGAGGGCAACGAUGAGAAGUACAAAGCUGUCUCCAUCAGCACUGAGCCCCCCGCCUACCUCAGGGAACAGAAGGCGAAGAGGAACAGUCAGUGGGUUCCCACGCUGCCCAACAGCUCUCACCACCUGGACGCCGUGCCGUGCUCCACCACCAUCAACCGCAGCCGGCUGGGCCGAGACAAGAAGAGGACCUUCCCUCUGUGCUUUGACGACCACGAUCCGGCAGUGAUCCACGAGAACGCCACUCAGUCCGAAGUCCUGGUCCCGAUCCGUCUGGACAUGGAGAUCGAGGGACAGAAGCUGCGAGACGCUUUCACCUGGAACAUGAACGAGAAGCUGAUGACGCCCGAGAUGUUCGCUGAGAUCCUCUGUGACGACCUGGACCUGAACCCGCUGGCCUUCGUCCCGGCCAUCGCCUCCGCCAUCCGACAGCAGAUCGAGUCGUACCCGACAGACAGCAUCCUGGAGGAGCAGACGGACCAGAGGGUCAUCAUCAAGUUGAACAUCCACGUGGGGAACAUCUCCCUGGUGGACCAGUUUGAGUGGGACAUGUCGGAGAGGGAGAACUCUCCGGAGAAGUUCGCCCUGAAGCUGUGCUCCGAGCUCGGCCUCGGCGGAGAGUUCGUCACCACCAUCGCUUACAGCAUCCGCGGUCAGCUGAGCUGGCACCAGAGGACGUACGCCUUCAGCGAGAACCCGCUGCCCACAGUGGAGAUCGCCAUCAGAAACACAGGCGACGCCGACCAGUGGUGCCCCCUGCUGGAGACGCUGACAGACGCAGAGAUGGAGAAGAAGAUCAGAGAUCAGGACAGAAACACGAGGCGGAUGCGGCGGCUGGCGAACACGGCGCCCGCCUGGUAGAAGCGGUGUGGGCGUGGCGCCCCCUGCAGGAAGCCGUGCUGGUCUGGAUCGAGGUAUGCCGCUCCAUCAGAGACGCCGCUCCACCGCGCUGGAUCUCUUUACUCUGCUCCACCGGGUCCUCAGUCAGACGCUCAACAUUUCACUUUUUAAUUUUUCUUCUUAAUGUUAAUAUUUUCGUUGUGUUUGGCGUUAAGCCUCCUCCUCCUCCGGUAGAAAAGCCCCUCGGUGUUCCCCUCCCGCCGCUCGGCGUGGACGCUGCUCGCUCUGACCACUGACUCUCUUUACCCGACCAGAGGGAGCAGACACAGCCAGCCUCAGAUAAUAUAUUGUUAUGUUGUAUUUGUUGUCCUUUUGUACAUUUUAAUAAUUCUUACAAAAUAAACAAAAAAAAGUGAAAGAG